GGUGCGGCCCCUCCACGGGAGGCACGGGGCGCCGCGGGGCCGGGACGAGCAGGUGGCCGCCGCCCGGCAGCGGCGGUGAGCGGAGCCGGCCCCCAGAGGCCGCCGCCGCGAGGAGGGAGCGGCGGGCGCGGGACUUCAGCGGAGGAGCAUGCACUGACUCGCUGCCUCGGCUCAGAGCCACCCCGGCCGCCGGGUGCGAGUUGCAUGGUGUGGGGAUACACGAUCUCGAUAAUAAAUGAUAGAGGAUACAAUGACUUUGCUGUCUCUGCUGGGUCGGAUCAUGCGUUACUUCUUGCUUAGACCGGAGACCCUGUUCUUGCUGUGCAUCAGCCUGGCCCUGUGGAGUUAUUUCUUCCACACGGAUGAGGUGAAAACCAUUGUUAAGUCCAGCAGGGAUGCGGUGAAGAUGGUGAAGGGCAAGGUGGCUGAGAUCAUGCAGAAUGACAGGCUCGGGGGGCUAGAUGUGCUGGACGCAGAGUUCUCCAAGACCUGGGAGUUCAAGAGCCACAACGUGGCUGUCUACUCCAUCCAAGGCCGGAGGGAUCACAUGGAGGACAGGUUCGAAGUAAUCACUGACCUGGUGAACAAGACUCACCCCUCCAUCUUCGGGAUAUUUGAUGGGCAUGGAGGAGAGUCGGCAGCAGAAUAUGUGAAGUCCCGCCUGCCUGAAGUCCUGAAACAACACCUUCAAGACUAUGAGAAGGACAAGGAGAACAGCGUAUUGUCUUACCAAACCAUCCUGGAACAGCAGAUUUUAUCCAUUGAUCGAGAAAUGCUGGAAAAAUUGACUGUAUCCUAUGAUGAAGCAGGCACAACCUGCUUGAUCGCACUGUUGUCAGAUAAAGAACUCACAGUGGCCAAUGUUGGAGAUUCGCGAGGAGUCCUGUGUGACAAGGAUGGGAAUGCUAUUCCCUUGUCACACGAUCACAAGCCCUACCAGCUAAAAGAGAGGAAGAGGAUUAAAAGAGCUGGUGGUUUUAUCAGCUUCAAUGGCUCCUGGCGCGUUCAGGGGAUCCUGGCCAUGUCCCGCUCCUUGGGAGAUUACCCUCUGAAGAACCUGAAUGUUGUCAUUCCCGACCCAGAUAUUCUUACCUUUGACCUGGACAAACUGCAGCCAGAGUUCAUGAUCUUGGCGUCGGAUGGUCUGUGGGAUGCUUUCAGCAAUGAGGAAGCUGUCCGAUUCAUCAAGGAACGCUUGGAUGAACCACACUUCGGUGCAAAGAGUAUAGUUCUACAGUCCUUUUACAGAGGAUGUCCCGAUAAUAUAACAGUGAUGGUGGUGAAGUUCAGGAAUAGCAGCAAAACAGAGGAACAGUAAUUACCAGUCGUUCUCUGCCUCGCUCUGAACUUAAACCAAACUCUUAAAUUUUAAACAUAGUAGAAAGCUCUAGUAAAUACCAUUAAGAUUCUACACAAAAGGAACAGAUCCCUUCGGUCUUUGUUCUUUGCUUAACAAAAGGAGCAAUACAACAAAUACAUUCUGAGUGAUUAUAAGAAUUAAGUUUGUUCACAUGUACCUGUCUUCUGUGACCUUGCUGCUCCUGAGAAGCUAACUGUAAUCUUCCAUUUCAGAAUUUUCCUCACAAAUCCUUUGUAGACUUUUCCUUUGAUCCCUUUCCUCUCAUUUCUAGCAGUCAGAGGUUCAUUUAGACACACAGCCAGGUCAGGGCUGUGCUGUCAUUUAACAGCAAAUGAUAGGAGUGAUGCUACUCUUCACUCAUAGGUGGGACGCCUCAGAACGACGGUGUCAUGUUUCUCAUCUCUUUUCUUUUUUAAUCUGCAGUCAUAAGGUUGUAUAGGAAAAGGUUUGUGAUUAUUGGCCUGGUAUUGAUGUGAAAGAGGAAAAGGAGCCAAAUAUUAGCCAGCUACCACAGAACUGGCUCUCUUGCUUUGUUUAACCUCACCCUUCCCUUAAAUAAAUCCCCACCAAGCAUGUGAUUAGGUGUAGCUACUGAAUUACCUGAAGCCACGUUUAUUCAGUCUGUGCAUUACUCUGGUAACAUUCCUUCUAUGCCAUAUUGUAUUCAAACCAGCUAAUGUUAAACUUCAGCAAAAUACCUUUAAGGUCUGACAUCCUCUAUAUCAAAAAAUAGCUCUGCUGUGAUAGAAGAAUGUUGGUCAUUCCUGGAAACUCAUGUUAUUUUUUUGGCAUGGACUUUUCAUAGGCAUGUAAAGAAAGUAAUGCAAGGUAAAAUUCACUUUGUUAGUGACUGUUUGGAAAACUAAUGAAAAUAGGGCAUUCCUGAGAGUGACCUAGGUGGAAGUCAGGGCUAUUAAUGACUUCUUUGUACCACUGCAGAUUAAUCAGUGGUGCUAAUUCAGGGGAAAACCAUCGUAGAACCGUUGUUCGGUAUGGCAUAUAAAUGCCAAGCAGUGGCCUUGCACUGAAGAGAUAAAAGCUUGUGUUAGGUCUAGAUAAAACUGUGUUUAGAUCUAACUUUCAGUAUUUAAUUGUAUUUUGGAAUCUGUGACUACUGUAAGUUUAAACAAUGAGUGUCAAGAGUUUGCUCUACAUCUGGUAACUUAGUUGCCUGCUUCAUGACCGAGAGGCAGUGGUGGCAGAGUGGCAGGGCAGUUGUGUGCUGAGGAACAGCCACGGCCUGAGGUGGAGGCGAGUGUCUCAGAUGCCUGCUUUACUGGUAUUGUGUUCUAUAAUAACCCGGGGGAUUCCCUCCCUGCAAAAUGUUGUCCUGGACAAUCUGCUGGUCUCUUGUCUUCAAGGUGAUGGAGGCUGUUGGUAUUUGCAUCCUGAGAGGAAUCAGGGAUGUAAUGCAUUAACUAACAUCAUCUGUUCCUUGGGUAAAGAUAUAACAUGACUUGGUUAAACAGACACCUGUUUCUCAUCACCCGCCCACAGGAUUUUUGGGCAAAUGGCUUGCUGGUCCCCAGAAUACCAUGAUGUGUUGUGGUUGUGCUGAGCAGGUGUGUAUCUCAAGACAGAAAUGAAAGAGGACAAAUUUCUGCAUGAGCAGGAAUUCCCAUCUUAGUCUUUUAAUUUUUGUUCCUAGGUUAUCUCUUCCCCAGGAAACUUCCCUCCUUUCAUUUGUUUGGAGAGUUAUCACAACUCUUAGUCAGAUCUAUAGCUACUACCAGUGCUGUUCAAAUUGUAUCGUAUCCUCUGGCAGCCUCUUCUCACCUCAGACUCUGGGCAGAGCCCCUUGACUCCAAGUAACAGACAAGUGAAAAGCAGAAGUGUGAAAGUGUCCAGCAUCCUCCAAAACCGGCAGGCCCCAGCCUGCACCGCUCCUUCCCUGGAGGACGAAGGCUGCGGACUUCUUAAAUCUCUUGAACAGUGCAUUCGGGGAAUUUUAAAUGCAACUUUGAGGUUAAAUUGAGCAGCUAACGGGAAAUGUUAAUAAUGACAGCGCGCUUCAGUUAUUUUAUUUUGAAAAGGUAUUUGAGGUCAGAACGCUGUGAAAUUAAAUCCUUGUGUGAUAUUUUCA